AUGGUGUGGCAGAAUCAUAGGAAAGGCUUGUUUUCUAUCAAAGCUACUUAUGAAUUCAUCUUGAUAGAGUAUAAUAAGAUCAUGAGGGAGGCUGAAUCCAGUACACAAGGGACGAUUUUGACUUAUUCCCGGGACGAUUUGGUGAACAUUUCACAUCAUGAUCGUGAUGUAAUGCUCCACUUAGAAGAAGUAAAAGGAUUUCAUUUUCAGAACAAAUUCGAGGACAAUACCAAGAGUGUGAUCAAGGUUAAAGAUCAAGACGAAUCUUUUAAGGAAGGUAGCCAAGGAAUUUUUGGGAACAUAGUUGAGAGCGAGAAGAGUGAUCAUCACAGAAAGAGUGCCGAAGGAGUAGCAUGGGCAUGUUUGAGGCAACCACCGAAGAACUGCCAGACUCGACACAACGACGAUCCUCUUCCUCUAUUCCCGAUCGAACGGCCCUUAUCACCGGCAAUCGAGCCACCAUUGACGACGACCUCCCGAGCCCGACCAUUGUUCUGCGAUUUCGGGCUGUCGGCGACCGAGCUCUGUCCAGCCAUCGUCUCCUCCGACCGUGAGCCCUCCAUUCACUGCGAGCCGAGGGUCAUCAGAUUUCCGGGAGGCGGGACCAACGUCCGACGAAGCCAGGCCUCCAGCAACUUCGGGCCUCGAUUCCCGUCGGGCGGCGACUGUUCGCGAGCCACGACCAUUGUCCCGCAAUUUCGAGCUCUCGACGACCAAGCUCUGUUUAGCCUCGACCUCGACCUCCGACCAAAGGCAGCCAUCGCCGGCGACCCUCGACCAGCGACUUGCCGUGACCAGCCGUCGUUCGCAGCAGCGCCCCGUUGA